AUAUCCUGCAGGCUCAAGGUCCUUGAGCCUAUCCUUAGGCUUGCGAUCGUGGCGGAAGCGGCUAGAGGGCGGAUCCCAGAAGGGCGGGGAGACGUUACGUUGACGCGGCGUGGCCCUGCCCGAGAGGCUUUGGCGGGAUUUCCGAAAGCCGCCGGACGGGGUGCGCGCUGCGGCCGGAGCUCGCGUCCUGAGGAGAACGGAGGAGCUGCCCGAGGCGCGUAUUUAGGAGCCGAAACUCGCCUGGUUGUGUGCAGAAGGCCAGGACAAAGGAGUAGAGAAGUGGGGCGCAAGCCGGGGCGCGGGGGUCUGCGCGGAGUUGGGCGCGUGCCAGGCCGGCGGACUGAACUCGGAGCGCUAGGCCCCCACGAGUGAGCCGUGCUGCCCGCCGAGUAAUGGCUAUGCAGCUUGAAGCAAAUGCAGAUACUUCACUGGAAGAAGAAAGCUUUGGCCCACAGCCUAUUUCACGGUUAGAGCAAUGUGGCAUAAAUGCCAAUGAUGUGAAGAAAUUGGAAGAAGCUGGAUUCCAUACUGUGGAGGCUGUUGCCUACGCACCAAAGAAGGAGCUAAUAAAUAUUAAGGGAAUUAGUGAAGCCAAAGCUGAUAAAAUUCUGGCUGAGGCAGCUAAAUUAGUUCCGAUGGGUUUCACCACUGCAACUGAAUUCCACCAAAGGCGAUCAGAGAUCAUACAGAUUACUACUGGCUCCAAAGAGCUUGACAAACUACUUCAAGGUGGAAUUGAGACUGGAUCUAUCACAGAGAUGUUUGGAGAAUUUCGAACUGGGAAGACCCAGAUCUGUCAUACACUGGCUGUAACAUGCCAGCUUCCGAUUGACCGGGGUGGAGGUGAAGGAAAGGCCAUGUACAUUGACACCGAGGGUACCUUUAGGCCAGAACGGCUGCUAGCAGUGGCUGAGAGAUACGGCCUCUCUGGCAGUGAUGUCCUGGAUAAUGUAGCAUAUGCUCGAGGGUUCAACACAGACCACCAGACCCAGCUCCUUUAUCAGGCGUCAGCCAUGAUGGUAGAAUCUAGGUAUGCACUGCUUAUUGUAGACAGUGCCACCGCCCUCUAUAGAACAGACUAUUCCGGCCGAGGUGAGCUCUCAGCCAGGCAGAUGCACUUGGCCAGGUUUCUGCGGAUGCUUCUGCGACUUGCUGAUGAGUUUGGUGUAGCAGUGGUAAUCACCAACCAGGUGGUAGCCCAAGUGGAUGGAGCAGCCAUGUUUGCUGCAGAUCCAAAAAAACCUAUUGGAGGUAACAUCAUUGCCCACGCGUCAACAACCAGACUGUACCUGAGAAAAGGAAGAGGGGAAACUAGAAUCUGCAAAAUCUACGACUCUCCUUGUCUUCCUGAAGCUGAAGCUAUGUUUGCCAUAAAUGCAGAUGGAGUGGGAGAUGCCAAAGACUGAAUCACUGUUUUUUCCCCGGUGAUAAACCUUAUGUGCUGCAGCCUAAUGGAGAGGACUACCUGCUGGAGUUCUAUAUAGGCCUCUUCCUGUUGUGACUGCCAGGAAAAGGCUUCCAGGAAAAACAGCUAUUGUAUCAGCUUUUCUGAUAGUAUAAACAGUAGUCACAGACUGACCUGAAAUGUUUAUUCCUUCUGGAGUGCAUUAAUCUCUAUCUGAUUUCUCUAUAGUUUUGGAGGAGAGGUAUGAAAUGCCUUUGAUAUGGUGCCUUGGGAUUGACUCAGGUCUAACAGCUGUCUAUUGGACAAUCUUAUGUCUCCAAGAGAGCUGAAGCUGGGGAGACCUGACCCUUCUCUCACUUCUGAAUAAUGGUAAAAUAAAAUGCCUGAGCUAUGUAUGUAGCAAAAGGAAUGGGUCUCUGCAUAGGUUCUUCUUCUCUGUCAGUACAACUCUCCCAUCAAUCAGAAGUAGGUUUUUAAGUUUUAUGCUUGAACACUCUCAUGUAAGAAUUUGUUUUUUGUUAGAGUCUUGCUCAAGGCCUGCUAAGCCAUCAGCCCUUCACCAUUUACUUGCUUGGUCUUUUACUGCUAACACUAACUCAAGAUAAUUCUGGAAUCUGAAGUACUUCAGAGGCUGAGUAAGUAGAUUGAUUGUUAGGCUGCUAAUAAAGUAGUUAUUUGUGAUGAA